AAAGAUUUGAAUUCGACUUGUGAUCGAUAUUGAUCUUUUUUGAAGUUCAAAAUCUAUGGUAAUCGACGUAUUUCUUCUUCUUUCGUACAAUGAAUAAUACGAAGGAUUAAUUAUUUUCGUUAUUAAUCUCUUCUUUAGUUCAUUUCUACUUCAUGGUUCCAAAAUUCGAACGUAAAUUCCGUAUAAAUUGGCAUUCAUAUUCGAACUUCGAGCAGCUUUUUUAUUGAAAUCGAAUAAUCGCGCGUGUUUACCAUCACUGGACAACGUGAAUUGCAAAUUAAUAUCCAUUUAUUUUAUUCAGUCGGCGACAAAAUACGUAAUAUUAUCGUGUGUAUUAUUUGUACAGAUAAUCGUUGAAAUUUUCGUGAAGUGAUAUGGCAGAUGGAGCAAUAAUUGAGUGUAGCCCUCUUCGCCGUAGACAUUGAACAGUUUGACAUUCGUAUUGAUUUUAAAGUAGUUUAAGUACAAAUCAUAUUGUGGUGAUUCGUUGCGAAACAUUCCGACUGGAAACAUGGUUCAGACAUUUAAGGAUAACUUGAAAAUGAAGGGUGAAGCACUUAUCUUGACUGGAUUCCCUAAAAAAAUUGUUCAAUUGAAUGAAUUGAUCAAAUUACCAGAAUGGAACGAAGAAAAUUUGAUCAAUCUUCACGAAGAUAUCAAUAUCCCAGUACCUGAACCUGUGAUUGUCAAUAACUGUAGCCCGCAACCAGCAAAUAAGAAACGAAAAUUGGAUGGCGAAAUAGAAGCACAAAAUGAUGGUACCAAGGUUUUCAGUUUCGCUGCUGGAAUGGCAUUAUCCAACAAAAAAUUAACGAAGCUAAUCAACAUCUUGAAACCAAUUAUCAAACAGCUCGUGGAAGAUAGCAACAUUCUUAAAAUGUGGAUUUCAUUCAUGAUUCCGAAAAUUGAAGACGGUAAUAACUUCGGCGUAUCGAUUCAAGAAGACACUCUUGCUGAAAUUCAAACUGUAGAAACAGAAGCGGCUGCAUUUUUUGACCAAAUUUCACGUUACUACGUUACUCGAGCUAAAUUAGUUUCCAAAGUUGCUAAAUACCCCCACAUUGAAGAUUAUCGAAGAGCGGUCGAAGAACUGGACGAAAAACAGUAUUUAGGGCUGUGGUUGGUGUUGCACGAAAUUCGUAACCAUUAUUCCACGUUACACGACUUAGUGACCAAAAAUCUAGAAAAAUUGAAGAAACCGCGUAAUUCAAACGCCGAAUCGCUUUAUUAAAAUCUAAGUAGAGUUCGAACUUCAUUUUUAUAACGCUACCUACCUAAUAGAGUUGGAUUUUUUUGUACUGAUUUAAUGGAAAACAAAAGCAAAAAAACGAUUAUUUCUUAUAUCUCAUAGUUUGAUUACCUACUUGUAAAUAUCUUCCAGAAUACAUCUUUUAAAAAUUGGUUUUACACUGGAUUUUCGAACAUUUUGACGUUUAGAACCCCCGUAUUGUGUAAAGGAGAAAUGCGACGGAUUAAAAUGUAUUCUUUAUUUUCAUUUCAUCAUUUUAUUCUCGCUAUUAAUGCGAUGGAACAUAGUGAGCAGCAUUGAAUUAAAUUUCUUAAUAAUGGUAACAUUUUUGAAAGAGGAGUGCCUCUACCUUGUUGCGAGUGUCUUUUUCUCGUCAAUCUUUAACAUUCCAUUCAUUGCUGAUACUUGUGAAUUCAGUCAUUUUUUAUUUUUUUUUUCAAAAGCAGCAAGCAUUCAAAAACUGUAACACAUUGUUAAUUAAUUAAUUUUACCAUCCGAUGAUACUUUCCUCGCGUUGUUGGGUAAUUUUGAUCGCAAAUGGCCGACUUUCCUACAUAAUGUCAAAAUGUUCGCUAUAUUGUUCUGCGUUAUUUAUCACACAUGCCGUACGUAUGAAGAAGAAUAGCUUGUUUUUUUUCUUUUAUUUUUAAUUUCGUUUUUAAUUGCAAAAUAAUCGGUUACAAGUUAGUCUUAUGGAUCAGAGUUGGAUCAUGCAUAUGAAAAAUAUUUUAGAGUGAAAACAGAUAUUAUUUAAUGUUCAUUUAAACUUAUCGACUUUUUAAUAUUGGUAUGUUUCUGUUAAUUAUUUCUGAAAUUAUUCAUUUUUGAUACUUAUAAGCGUAUUUGUAUAUUCUAUGUAUCAUCAUCUGCAAAUUAUAAAAUUGGUCGUCGUCUUUUUCUAA